CGUAUUCAGAGAUGGCAGUGUUCCUGUCAAAGAGAACGCUCCCCGCGCGCGUGUUUUGACUUAUUUUCGUCAAAUGUACGCCAUAUUGUUUUAUUGUGUUCAAUAAUCAUUUCACUUUAGUAAUUUCACUUAUUCGAAAUCUUUCAAUAACACGGUAGAAUACUUCGACGGUUACGAAACAGCGUUGUGUUUUUUUAAAAAAAUAUUUAUUCUCAAUUACAUUACGUCGUGUUUAUAUUCUGUGGUAAUUGUGCUUGUGGCCAGGCCAGUGUUAUUUCGUUUAUAAUUUUAUGUGAAUUUAAAAAUAAUUUAUUGUUGUUGUGAUUAGUGAUCGAUUUAGAUAUAAUUCGUUAUAAAUAUAAUUUUAUAAUUUAAAUUAACAUAAGUGAUAUGAGCGUCUAAAAAUAAAACAUUGUAAAAAAUAAAUUUUCUGUACCGCGGUGGAAUAUAAUUAGUGCAAUGGCUUUGCUGAAACAUGAAGUAAGAAUGAGUUAAAAAUAUUUAACAAAUACAUCGUUGGUAAUGUAAGCGAUUUGUGGUUUUGUGAAGUGUGUACGUGGAUAUUUCUUUGUCUUUUGGAUUACAUUUUAAUAUGGAGAAGCCGUCAUAUAAGCUGGUGGGCGCACCUUGUGGUCAACAUGGGCAGUAUACAUUCUACAAGGCGCUCCGUUUGUCAGGAAAGACGGAGAGGAUAAUUGCAAUUGGAGACUUCUUCUUUGUCAGGAUAUGGCAGGAUUCAGAGCUCGUGUCAAUAGGGGAAUUGCAACUGUUAUGGACGGAUCGUGUAUCAGAUCAGACACUCGUCAGUUUGAGGCUGUAUUUUCUGCCUGAGAAUACACCUGAAGGGAGAUGUCAACAUGGAGAGGACGAAGUUCUAGCUAUAAAUGAUAAAGUGGUGGUACGCGCUGAAGAUCUCCUCAGCUGGGUGUCGGAGGGUUCCGGUUGGCGGUGGGGUCUGCGCGCUGUGUGGCGCGGAGCCUGCGCCCCACCAGCUGAUCCAAGCAUCACAGCACCAUUGCAUCAUACCAAACUUGACUUCAGUGAUGUGGAGAGAGAAAAGAAUGCUAUAAGUAUAGACGCGGAUAGUCCCGGAGUAAUGGUGUUCUCAUAUCCCCGGUAUUGUCGUUACCGGGCAUUACUUGCCCGACUUGAUGGUAUCCAGGCAGACUGGUUGCGGGAUUCUCUAGUCGCAGCAUUAGGUGGUUAUGCAGCAUCUACCAAGAAUACUAGGAUAUUGUACUGCAAGGAAACAUUCGAGUAUCCGGAACUAGAAGGUCAUGAAUUUGUAUGUAACCAUCUCGCGCCCCGACUGAAGGGUAGACCGCGCGGUCGCCGGCGCCGAGCUCGCUCCCGCUCAGCCUCGCGCUCCGAUAGCGACGAUCCUGAUGCUAUCAUGCCGAGGGAACACCCGCCGACACCACGUCGUCUGUCAUUACGUAAUGGUGGGUCUGAGCGGAGAAGUGAUGAGGAGAGUGAAGGCCAGGGUGAAGGACAGAGUCAGGAAGACAAAGAGUUCCUGCAGGAGCUGAGCAAGUUCCAUAAAGAGAGGAAUGAAGACUUCAAUUCUAUGAAGCAUUUAUCACUGCGCGCGCUGUACAAGGGCGUGACAAUGCGCGGCGGGUACGAGGCGGUGUGUCGUGCUCGACUCUGGCGGGCACUUAGUCCUGACCAGCCAGCGCGCGCACGCAGGCACUAUGAAAGGUUCCUACUAUCUUUUGAAAAUCACGAAAGGAAAAACGGCUCUAAAUUCCAAAAGAUAAACGGUCAUAACGAUUCAAAAGAUACUAUUGAACUAAAAGACUCACCUCUAAGAGAACUAGAUUCAAUGAAAGAUAUACCACAAAAGAGAUUGAGAACUCCAUCUCCGAAAAAAGAGAGAGUUCUCCUAGAUAAUGAGACAGGAGAAGUUGUUAAAACGGAAGAUUUGAAUGUCACUUCGAAGCCUGCAGAAGAAUUAAAUAGAGAAUUCCUAGAUUCUCUCAAAGAAUAUUCGAAAGAUGAUAAAUCUUGUAUGAAAAUCUCCGUAAAACCUGUGGAGAAAUUAAUAGAAAUUAAUGAGAAAAGAGAUGGAUUGUUUAUUAAUGAAUUAACGCAGAAAUAUAGUUUGGCAAGCGCUGACGCAGCAUUGCUGCAGCAGCUGGCCGGUGACAGGAAAGUGAUCAACGGACAUCCCCCGAACCUCACAAAUCAACCCCCAACAUCAUCCCCUCACAUACAGUCACACAACGCAACACAACCAGAUCAGAGGACUGGCAGACCCUUAGGGCGCAGUUCUCUGCGUGCUGUGAGAGUGAAGCCUGCGCGUCCUCCGACACAUAACACCGCGUCUGUCCCGCCAUUAGGAGCGGACUCGUCAUCCCCACAACCUGCGGUCAAUAACUUUGGCAUCCAUCAUCCGCACACACCACCCGCUGCCACUGCCACCAAUACCACCGCAGCCAGCCACAGCGAUGAUGAAAUUGUAGAGGUACCCUACAAGCCAAAAACUCCAGAAAUAAUAGACCUGGAUGAAUACCCCGAGAGCCCGCAGGAGAUCAAGAAGAAGAAAUUAGACAUACUGAAGGAGCGCGGCCUCGAGGUGACCGCCGUGCCCCCCCAGACCCCCAACAAACCUGCCGUAGAAAUUGUCAGAGUACCAACAUCGCCCCCCAAAGCACCGACACCACAAAAUCUAUCCAAAAAUUACACUUUACUCGACGGCAAAGCUGUCGUCGGCUCAAAUUUAGAAAUCACUCUAGUCAAUCCCAAAUCCCCCCAUCAGACCCCACCGAAAAGACCACCACAAAAACGGUCUUCUAACGGCAAAUUCAUGUCCGCGAAGACUCCAACACCACCCAAAGAGUAUCCAAAACCUUACCAGUCACCAGCUAAGAAGAACCCAAUCACAAUACCCACGUACCACACCAGAGAUGACACGUCUCCAAGUUCAACUGGUUCCAGAGACUCAAAUCUGUCUAUGAAGAGUCCCAGCUUAGCUCAAAUGAUGGAACUCCAGAAAUCAUCAAUGCCACCAAUGGCGGUGCCAUUCAUGGAUCCAGUUUAUAUGAGUGCGUUGUACAGCAGCUUGGGACAGAUGGAUCAGAGGCAGCUGGCGGUCUACCGGGACCUGAUGGCGAGUCAGUUCCGAGGAUACACCGGUCUACUGAAUAUAGGAACUCCAACAACGAAAAAUUAAAUUUAUCUCUAGUCUAAGAGCCCGUUGUUAAUAUUUUUUUGGUUUUAUUUCAUUUUUUACCCAUUUAUUAUUAU